CCCGCGUCCCGCGCCGCGCCCCCGCGCCAGUAGCUCCCGCGGCCGCAGGACCAGCGGCGGCCCGGCGACCCCCAGCCACAUCUCCGCGCCCGUAGCCGCUCGCCACGCCGCCUCCCGCAUCCCAUCAUGUCGGUGGCAGGGUUGAAGAAGCAGUUCCACAAAGCCACUCAGAAAGUGAGUGAGAAGGUUGGGGGAGCUGAAGGCACCAAGCUGGACGAUGACUUCAAGGAGAUGGAGCGGAAAGUGGAUGUCACCAGCAGGGCUGUGAUGGAAAUAAUGACUAAAACAAUUGAAUACCUUCAGCCCAAUCCGGCCUCCAGAGCGAAGCUCAGCAUGAUCAACACCAUGUCAAAAAUCCGCGGCCAGGAGAAGGGGCCGGGCUACCCUCAGGCGGAAGCCCUGUUGGCAGAGGCCAUGCUCAAGUUCGGCAGGGAGCUGGGCGAUGAUUGCAACUUUGGGCCAGCUCUUGGUGAGGUAGGAGAAGCCAUGAGGGAGCUCUCAGAGGUGAAGGACUCUUUGGACAUGGAGGUGAAGCAGAACUUCAUCGACCCCCUUCAGAACCUCCACGACAAAGAUCUGAGGGAGAUUCAGCAUCACCUGAAAAAGCUGGAAGGCCGGCGCUUGGACUUUGAUUACAAGAAGAAACGACAAGGCAAAAUCCCAGAUGAAGAACUUCGUCAGGCGCUGGAGAAAUUCGAUGAAUCUAAAGAAAUCGCCGAGUCAAGCAUGUUUAAUCUCUUGGAGAUGGAUAUUGAACAGGUGAGCCAACUCUCCGCCCUUGUGCAAGCCCAGCUGGAAUAUCACAAACAAGCAGUACAGAUCCUGCAACAAGUCACUGUCAGGCUGGAGGAGAGAAUAAGACAAGCUUCGUCUCAGCCCAGAAGGGAAUAUCAGCCAAAACCCCGUAUGAGCCUAGAGUUUGCCACUGGAGACAGUACUCAGCCCAACGGAGGUCUCUCCCACACAGGCACACCCAAACCUGGAGGUGUCCAGAUGGAUCAGCCCUGCUGCCGAGCCCUGUAUGACUUUGAACCUGAAAACGAAGGGGAACUGGGCUUUAAAGAGGGUGAUAUCAUCACUCUCACUAAUCAGAUUGAUGAGAACUGGUAUGAGGGGAUGCUACAUGGCCAGUCUGGCUUUUUCCCCAUCAACUAUGUAGAAAUUCUGGUUGCUCUGCCCCAUUAGGAUCUUAUGCUGGCUGGCUCACCUCUUUCUGACCCAGAUAGUUAUGUUUAACCACUGCUUUGGUAAUGCCGCUUCCAACACAUCAUGAGUGCAGGCCGCAGUGGAUGAGUCACCAAGCCCACACAUGUCCUGGGUUGACCUGUGUGCUCCUACAGGAGACCCGGUGAUAGACGGUAUCUUCCAGAGCCAGUGGGCCUGGCAUAUGCUUUAAAACACCCGGAGACUAGCCAGUGGUCCCAGAACUGCUCUUUACCCAGUUCUCAGGAGGCUGUGGUUUCUGAUAAUAUACACAUGAGCCACAUCACAGAGAAACUCUCCUCAUUGAAGAUAUUGUCUCUCACCCGGGGCUCUCUCAAGGUCUCAUGUUCUCCAUGUACAGAGGAGAAAGCCCUUUCUGUUGCAUUUUUCCUUCCUAAAUGUGUGAGUCACAGAAUUGUUGGCAAAAACAUCUCCCACCAGCAAAUUGUCUGCUGGUCUAAACAACAUGGGCUUUUGAUGCCCUCAGAAGAAGUAUUAAUUGUUCAAAGCGCUUUUGUUCUCCUACAUCUAUUCAUCUAUCUAUCUAUCUAUCUAUCUAUCUAUCUAUCUAUCUAUCUAUCUGCCUAUCAUCUCUCUAUCUAUUAUCUAUCAUAUCUCUAUCAUCUACCAUCUAUCUAUCAAUCAUCUAUUUAUCAUCUAUCUAUCUAUCUAUCUAUCUAUCUAUCUAUCUAUCUAUCUAUCUAUCUAUCGAUCAUCUCCUCCUACUUCUGAGACAUGCCAGUUUUCUUCCCUCCCUGCUGUUCAAGCACGAUGGAGGGGGGAUUUUCAUUUCUUUCUGAAUGAGUUGGUGAGCAUUCUGUAUAUUGUCUGAAAAGAGAAAAUUCUUCAAGAUGAAUUGGGAAGAAUCUGAUCUCCAAGUUCAGAUUCCUUGCUGUACAGAAGCUGUGUAUAUACGUAGCCCACUUCUGAAGAAUACAGGAAGGGGGAACAGCUAUCUUCCCUUCUCUGUUUAUUUACCCAGGAAUCCAUCCACUUCCUGAGUCCCUUUGCCACAAAGACAUAAGAGAGAAACACUAGUAAGCAUUUCCCACAUCUUCAUAGAACAAGACAUAGUGACUGUUGCUCCUUCCCUCUUCUUUUAUCUUGUUUGUGUUCCUUGAACAUCAUUUGUGUAUAUUCUGCCCUCAAUGAGGACCAAAUAAAGAUGAUUUUUGUGCUUAGCAGUUGAAGGUAUGUGACUGCAUAUAAAUCCCUUUCCCACCCUAGUCAUUACUUUAACCCUUCUAUUGCAUCUUCAUUUCGUGUGUACAGUGCUGUGCAAGCUGAUCAGUGUUGGAUUUUGUUUUUGUUUUUGUUCUCCCUUCAGUCGUGGAAGUCCCGUUAGGCACCCAGAGUUCUAUUUAUCUAGCUGUACAGGCUUCUCUGAGGUUUAAUGUGCUGCUACUGAUGUGCCACUUGCGGUAGUGGAUUAUGUGGAGUGAAAGGCAAAUCUUCCUGCUUCAUGUAUGAACUAAACCAUGGGAAGCAUUGCUGUUUCCAAUAAAUGCUGCUGAAGAUGAAA